GAAACAGACUGCUGCCGGGUGCUCUGAAUAGAAGACCGACGGACCGGUUUCCAUUAGAAAUCGAUUAACUUUCUGGUCAUAGAAUGACACCCAAUAUCGAGGAGGAUGCCUGGCGGGUGUCCGGUAUAUCAGAGACCUAUCCGAGCUAUCGCCAGCAUCCACUUGUCUCAGCUGAGAGCUGGCUGAAGGGAAAACAUUUGGAUGAUGGGGCCGAAGGUCUCUGGCGCAUUAACGAUAAGCUGUACGACUUGAGCGACUUUGCCAAGCGGCAUCCGGGUGGGGCAUACUGGAUCGAGUGCACCCGCGGCACCGACAUCACCGAGCCCUUCGAGUCGCAUCACAUUGAGGACCGAGCCCGACACAUGCUCAGCAAAUUUGAAGUGCGAGAGGCAAUUCAACCGAGGAACUACAAGUUUACUCUCGAUCAGAAUGGUUUCUACAUGACCCUAAAGCGGAGAGUAAGAGAGAAACUUCGGAAGAUUAAUUACAGUCCCACCAAGAAGACAGAUCUUUACCAUUCGGGCAUCCUGGCCUCUGUCUUUAUACUCAGCUGGAUAGGCACAGCCUACAACUCUUUCCUCGUCAAGGCCCUGGCUGGCUUGACCCUCUGCUAUCUGGCAAAUUCUGCGCACAAUUACUUUCAUCAGCGCGACAACUGGCGGAUGUACACCUUCAAUCUGACGCUGAUGAAUUUCAGGAACUGGCGUGUCUCGCAUGCCUUGUCCCAUCACGUGUAUCCGAACUCCUUGCACGAUCUGGAGCUAUCGAUGUUUGAGCCAUUUCUGUGCUGGGUUCCCAGUCCACAUUAUGCCGGUCGUGUAAAGCGCUGGAUAUCCGUUGUGAUUUCUCCGAUCUUUUAUGUGUUCUCCUUCUCUGUGGCUUUUCUGCAGCGUGUGGUUGCCUCUCUGUCUAAGGAGAACCUCAUGUACUGGGAUGAUCUAAUUCCCAUCACUCUGCCACUCUUCCUUUAUCUCACCACUGGCGUGGGUCUGAGUGCUGCUCUAUGGAGCUGGUUGCACGUUCUCGCCGUGGGAGCAUUUUUCUUCGGUUUUAUUGGACUGACUGCAGCCCAUCAUGAUCCCCGCAUACUGCACGAUGGCGAUGCCCAGCGCAAGGACCGAGACUGGGGCCUCUAUCAGCUGGAUACGAUUAUCGAUCGGCGAGACGUGAAGUGGUCGCACCUCUUGGUGCUCACCCACUUCGGGGAUCAUGCGCUGCACCAUCUCUUCCCCACGCUGGACCAUGGCGUGCUCAGGCAUCUGUACCCGGAGCUGAAUCAAACGAUGCAGGAAUUUGACGGCGAGUUAAGGGAGAUGAACCACUGGGGUCACAUCAAGGGGCAGACUCAGCAACUGCUGCGCAUGGAGGCGAAUCCUGUGCCGCCCGGCAGCAGUAAAAAGUUAAAUUAAUUUUGGGUGUCAUAUGGAUAGACCACAAGUGUUCAUUCAGUU